UCAUUUUCCCCAAUUGGUCAUCGACGAGACUUCAUAUCCUCCGUGACGACGAGUGACGAUCACUGAAUCAGCUUCACAUCCACAUCCUCGGAUUCUCCGCUUUGGUGUGUCGCAUGCAGAAGCUUUAAAGCUUUGGAAUUUGAAUUUGAUCUCAGAUGGAUAGGAUAAGUCAGCUCCCUGAUCAUCUUCUUUUGAAGAUUUUGUCGUUUCUGCCUACAACUAAAGAAGUUGUGGCCACGAUGGUUUUGUCUAAGCGGUGGCAGUUUCUAUGGACGCUUGUGCCAAGACUAGUAUACGAUGAUAUCCAUCAGAAUACCACGAAAGAAACUUUCUCGAAGUUUGUAGACAGAUCAUUGCUUUUGCACGAGGCUCCAGUUCUAGACUAUGUGCGUUUCAAGCUUGGUGAAAAGUCUAGUGAUGUUGAUGAUAUUGGAGUGUGGGCUAGAACUGUAGCUAGACGCCAUGUGCGCGAGCUGUUUAUCGAGAUUGAUAGAUCUUCGUUUCCAACUACAGCCAUCCUUCCAAAGAGUUUUUACACGGUUUCCGGAAUGCUUGUGACGUUGAAACUUAACAACAUGGUUCUUGCUGAUGAUGUUUCUUCACCCGUGUCUUUCCCAUCUCUCAAGAAACUGAGUCUUGAUAACAUCAAAUACCCAGGCGGUGACAAAUAUGUCAACAGGCUUUUAUCCAAUUGUCCUCUUCUUGAAGACUUGCAUGUGGACCGAUGGACUGACGACAACGUUACCGUUUUCAACGUUAGAGUGCCUUCUCUAAAGAUUUUAUAUAUGCGUGAUAUCAAAGAUAGCUACGGUGGAGAAAUGUUAGUGAUAGAUGCUCCUUCUCUGGAGACGUUUACUAUUGACGAUUCUUCAGGGGUUUGUGUCGUCAAGAAUCAAAUGCCUAACAUUGUAACGGCAGAUUUUGACUUUUUCGAUAGUCGUUCUUGGAAGAUUCUGAGUUCUAUAACCCAAGUCAAGGAUCUCUGUUUAUGUUUAUCAUUCCCAAGAAAUGCAUAUCCUAAUGGUUGGGUCUUCCACCGUCUGGUGAAUUUUAAGCUAUGCAGAUGUAAGCCACUGUGGUUGAACCUACUUAUGUGUGUGCUCAGAGAUUCUCCUAAAUUACGAACUCUCAAACUUUAUCAGAAACAAGGCUAUCAGGCUCAUCAACCGAACCCGAUCUGGAGUGAACUGAGCUUAGUUCCCGAAUGUUUGUUAACGAGUCUAGAAACUCUGGAAUGGACAAACUAUGAAGGAACAAAAGAAGAGAAAGAAGUGGUGGAAUUUAUCUUAAGAAACGGUCGCUGUCUAAAGAAGGUGACUAUCUCCUCUAAACCCACCGACUCAGACAAGAAACUGGAGAUGAUCAAGGAGUUGGCAUUGUCGUUCAGGCGUUCGCCGGUUUGUCAGCUUGUAUUCGACUGAAGCUACUGUCAGACAUGUCAAGUAACACUGUGUUUGGUCUGAAUCCUAGAUAUAAGCUAUUGUAACGUUUUAUGUUUUCUUCCAAACUUUGCUCUUUGAAUUUCUUAUUUUCUUUCUCUUAAGUAGAAGAAACAAUGAAAUACC